GAAGAUGUCGGAUUGGGGGCCAGUUUUUGUGGCGGUGCUGCUCUUUAUAGUGCUAUCGCCGGGGCUGCUUUUUCAGAUUCCGGCGAAGUCCCGAUUUGUUGAGUUUGGCAACUACCAAACGAGUGGAGCCUCCAUUCUGGUGCAUUCCAUUAUCUACUUUGCACUCAUUUGCAUUUCCUUGUUAGUUAUUCGGGUGAAGAUUCACCUUGGUUAGUUUUCUCAUUCUAAUUAUCCACGCUUCC